GUUUCCACAAUUUCACUUCAGUCAGUUUGCACCGGAAAAAUGUCGCGCAUUAUUUUGAGCAUCGUCAUUUGUUUCGUGCUUGAUGUGCUAGCCGAUUUUCCCACUGAUCCUAAACCAUGUAAAUAUGGCGAUUCGGACUGUAUUGUAAAGGUGAUGAACGACUUGAUCAGUAAUAAGGCGACGAUUGGCGAUCGGGCUUUGAAUUUGGUCAAGCUCGAUCCGCUACCGGUGACUAAAAUGAACAUCAAACAGGGAGCCGAAAGUCCAGUUAACAUUGAUCUAACAUUUACUGAUAACAACGUCUACGGUAUUAGCUCUAUGAAGUUCCGAAAAGUCAAGGGCUUCGGAAAAAGCAUUGACAAAAAACAUGAACUGUUGUUAAAUGCAGGCAAGCUGAGCCUUGCCGGGCCCUACAAAAUCAAGGGCAAGGUCCUAAUACUCCCCAUCAGCGGCAAUGGAGAGAGCAACAUGACAUUGGUCAACUGUGACAUGAUAGUAAGCUUUACCGGCAUACCCGUGGAGAAGGAUGGCGAGACCUAUAUGGAGGCAACCAAUCUGAAGCUGUCGACCAAGCCGGAGCGUUUGUAUUACCACUUUAGCAAUCUGUUCAAUGGAGAUAAGGCCUUGGGAGAUAACAUGAAUACGUUCCUCAACGACAACUGGGAAGCAAUAUUUUUAGAGGUGCAGCAGUCAAUGCAAUCGGCAUUUGCGGAAAUAUUCCAAACGAUUAUCUCAAAUGUUUUCUCAAAGUAUCCCUACGCCAAGUUCUUUGAGGAGUAAAUAAGCUAAUGUAUUAUAAAAAUAAA